AUGCACACGGCGGAAAAAUUUAUUGGCAACGGAAAGCAAACGACCAAAUUGCCUGAGUAUACUAUGAAAGCUAAUAAAAAUUAUGCAGUACAAUCAACGCAAAACUUGGAAUGGCUCUUGUAUGAUAAAUAUGUACGUCGACAAUUCACCAUUUGCCGGCAAAUUAUAGCACAAACUUUGAAAGAAAAUGAUUGUCGAAGUGAAUACUGUUAUUAUAUACAGGGUCUGAUACUACGAGAAGAAAAUAAACUACAAGAAUCACUCAUCAGUUUUCAAAAAUGCAGCAAAUUGAAUUCCAAGAACGUUGAAAACAUCAAACAAGUUGCCAGAACAUUAUUUUUAUUGGGAAGAUAUCACUUAUCUCUAGAAACGUAUAAAGAGGCGGAAACACUGAUCGCCAGACCAGAUUGGGAAAUUUAUCACUAUAUAGCGGAGUGCAUGUUACGCGGUGCAGUGGGUUCCAGACAUGAAGCUCUGCAUUAUCUACGCCGUGCUGCACAAAACGGAAGACAAAUACAAUCUUACAGUUUGUUAGCCGAGCAGCUGAAACGGGAGAACGACUACGCAGCUGCUACGAGCGUCUACGAAUCGGCCCUAGAAGUUACCCCCGAUGGAGCUUGGCUUCAUGCUGAGUUAGGCUUGCUACUUUUAGAACAGGGCGAAACCCAAGCCGCAUUCGAACGUUUGGGCACGGCUGUGGCUUUGCGUCCUGACUGUGAAAGGGCUUUGUUGGCUGUAGCUUCGGUCAUGCAAUCACAUGGAGACUACGAUGCUGCCCUAGCUAAAUACAAAGUGGCUGCUCAAAACUGCAUAGAUAGCCCUGAAUUGUGGAAUAAUAUAGGAUUAUGUUUCUAUUACAAGGGCAAAAUCGUAACGGCACUUUCCUGUUUAUCCCGAGCUGCAAGAUAUUCUCCAUUAUCAGCUCCAAUAUUGUAUUCACUUGGCAUGGUGCUUUUGUCGGCGCAGCAGCCGGCGUCCGCUUUCGUUUAUUUAAGUGCUGCAGCUAAUUUGAGGCCCACUCAUGCACUUUCUUAUAUGCUCCUAGCAGUCGCCCUCCAACGGUUAGGAGACGACCAUAAUGCAGGGCUAGCUUUCGAAAGAGCUUAUGAGCUUUUCAAAACUUCAGAAAAACGAAAGGAUGAAAAUGACUUACUAGUACUUGUUAAUAGAGCCUUAUAUUUGACCUUGCAAAACAGCAUUGAUGCUGCUAGAGUUCACCUGCAGGAAUUUCAAAAGUUGUCGAGCAACAUAGAAGUUUCUGAAAAGGUGGAAAACAUCACAGCAAGUCUUGCUAUUGUUCUAAAUGUAAAGUCUAAAGAAAACAUCGAUUCCCAACUUGAUGAUUUUGUAGAAGAAUCAAAUACAGAUAAUAAUGUGAAUGCAAAUAUAGAAAAUGAAGAAGUUGCUCAUAUAUUUGGGGAAGAUGAAGUAUAA